UAGACAAUCCUUCAUCGACUUCUUUGGUUUAUAGCCACGAGGUUUUUAGCUAUAUUUCAAUUUAUUAGUGAAAUAAUAAAAAUACGCUUCGUUUUCUUUGAACAAAAUGCCACCCAGUAAUCCUUUGCCGCCCAAAGAAAAUGCGCUAUUCAAAAGAAUUUUGCGUUGCUAUGAACAUAAACAAUAUAAAAAUGGUUUGAAAUUUGCCAAGCAAAUCCUCUCCAACCCAAAAUUCGCAGAACAUGGAGAGACCCUGGCAAUGAAAGGUUUGACUCUAAACUGCCUGGGACGUAAAGAAGAAGCAUACGAAUAUGUGCGCCGAGGCCUUCGAAAUGAUCUCAAGUCCCCAGUGUGUUGGCAUGUCUAUGGCCUCCUACAACGGUCUGAUAAGAAAUAUGAUGAGGCUAUCAAAUGUUAUCGGAAUGCUCUUAAAUGGGAAAAGGAGAAUAUACAGAUUCUUCGGGAUUUAUCCCUUCUCCAGAUCCAGAUGAGAGAUUUAGAAGGAUACAAGGACACCCGGUAUCAGCUGUUUAUGCUCCGACCAACACAGAGGGCUUCCUGGAUAGGCUUCGCGAUGAGCUAUCAUCUGCUUGGAGACUAUGAAAUGGCCAACAGCAUUCUCGACGCCUUCCGUACAAACCAAAUGAAAGGACCAUAUGAUUAUGAACAUUCAGAACUGCUAUUGUACCAAAACAUGGUUCUUGCAGAGUCCGGACAGUUUGACAGGGCUCUGUCACAUUUACACAAGUUCCAGACUCAGAUCCUUGAUAAAUUAUCAGUGAAAGAAACUAGUGGAGAAUAUUAUUUGAAGUUGAAAAGAUUUAAAGAGGCGGAGGCAGUUUAUGAAGACUUACUAAAGCGCAACCCUGAAAAUGUGAUGUAUUAUCAGAAACUUAUAGAAGCUAAACAACUUAGUGAUCCUGAUGAAAAAGUGGCCUUCUUCGAUGUAUAUAAGAAAGAGUAUCCCAAAGCAAUAGCGCCGCGGCGGCUGCAGCUGCCGGAGGCGGGCUCGCCGGCCGUGUUCGCCCGGCUGGUCGACGAGUACCUGCGCCACGGCCUGCACAAGGGCAUCCCGCCGCUCUUCGUCGACAUUAGAUCGUUAUACGCGGACAAAAGCAAAGCCGAAACGAUAGAAAAACUGGUACUGCAAUACAUAGAGAACUUAUCCAAAACCGGCACAUUCAGUUCCGACCCGAGCGAAGCGAAACAACCGGCCAGCGCUCUUCUAUGGGCGUACUAUUACGCCGCUCAGCACUUUGAUUAUAAGAAGGAUACGGACCGGGCUUUGAAGUAUAUAGACGCCGCGAUAGAACACACACCGACGUUGAUAGAGCUCUUUAUCGUUAAAGGAAGGAUAUAUAAGCACGCCGGCGACCCGGUGUCGGCGUACCAGUGGCUGGAGGAGGCGCAGGCCAUGGACACGGCGGACCGCUACGUCAACAGCAAGUGCGCGCGCUACAUGCUGCGCGCCGGCCACGUGGCGCGCGCCGAGGAGAUGUGCGCCAAGUUCACCAGAGAAGGUGUACCAGCCACAGAAAACCUGAACGAAAUGCAGUGUAUGUGGUUCCAAACGGAAGCCGCGGCGGCCUACCAGCGCGCCAGGCAGUGGGGCGAGGCGCUCAAGAAGGCACAUGAAGUUGAUAGGCACUUCUCCGAAAUAAUGGAGGACCAAUUCGACUUCCACUCGUACUGCAUGCGCAAAAUGACGCUGCGCUCGUACGUGGGGCUGCUGCGGCUCGAGGACGUGCUGCGCGCGCACCCCUUCUACUUCCGCGCCGCGCGCGCCGCCAUCGCCGUGUACCUGCGGCUCUACGCCUGCCCGCUGCAGGACAACGUGCAGCCUCAGGAGCCCGACACAGGUAGGACUACAACAUGACGCUGCGCUCGUAC